CGAUACGCUCAGAGUUCUCCAUCACAACGAUCGCUGGACGAACCGGGAGUCUGGACCACACAUAUACUGGGAAGGGAACUCGGGCCAAGCACGCCCCCGUGUGAAAAAAAAGCUUGCUCCUGACGAAUAUCGACUGGUGUUUCGAAAUCCACAUGGCGUAGAUGCCGAGGGAGAUUGAUUAUAAAGGGUGACCGGGAGAAAUCCCUUUUCCGCCGACUGGCUUCCCCGUUUGCCUGUUGCCUCUGUCCUGGGAUGUUACUCCUCUGAGUUACAUCCCACAUCAUAAUGAAGAUACAUCAGUUGUUAUUCACGAUAUUGGCAGCAUUGACGGUGUCUGUGUUCGCCGUGUCGUCGAAUGGCACAGAAUUUCCAGAGUGUGCGGUGUCUUGCUUGCACCAAGAAUCUCCAAAUUGCACCAUAACCGAUGCUUCAUGUGUAUGCACCGGCGAUGCCAGCAAGUCAUCGCUAGUGACUUGCGCAUUGUCUAACUGCAGUGCACUGGAAUACUAUAUCACGAGGCAUUUGUAUGAAUUGGAAUGCGACCAACCCAUCAAGAAGGGGCCCCCUCUCGUUGAUCCCUCCACCCUUGCACCUGCUAUCCUUGCCACGAUAUUCUUCUUCAUCCGGAUAGCGGCGAAGGUCGCAAAUCUCGCUGGUGGUUGGGGACUUGACGACUAUACUGUCACGAUCGCAUGGGUACUGGGAGUUGGCUUAUUUGUCGUCAAUACAUACAUGAUCAAAUAUGGAUUCGGAAUGAACACCUGGGAUAUCUUACCCUUCCACCACGUCACAUUAGUCUUCCAGUAUUUCGAAGGAUUGGCGAUGAUGUACAAGAUCCAAAUCUCGCUCUGCAAGAUAUCCGUCCUACUCUUCCUGCUGCGAAUCUUCCAGUCCCGUGUUUUCCGCAUAUGCGCAUACAUCCUCAUCGGCAUUAACGCCGCCAUCGGUAUCACGUUCGCCCUCGUGGAUUUGCUUCGAUGCAUGCCAGUCCAUCUGGACUGGGACUCUUGGACCGGGGAAUAUGAAGGGGUCGGCACAUGCAUUAAUUUCAUCGCGGCAAUUUUAGUCCACUGCCUUGUCAACAUUUUCGUCGACGUCGUCAUCGUCCUCCUACCGAUCUACGAAGUGAGCAAGCUGCAGCUGCCAUGGAUGAAGAAGAUCACUGUGGCACUGAUGUUCAUGAUGGGUCUCAUCCUAACCAUCAUCGCCAUCAUCCGUGUGGUCGUAUUCUGGGAAAACCGUUGGACUACCAACUUGACCGGUACGGCCUCUCAACUCUCAAUCAUCCCCCACCCCACUCCACUAACUCAAUUCUAUACAGCUGGUCUCCAACCCCUCAUCCACUGGUCCGUCAUCGAAUCCCAAAUCGCGAUCAUGACGACCUGUCUACCCGCCGCCCGCGCUUUCAUAAACCACUACGUUCCAGGUCUUCCCGGCAGCACACAGCGACGGACCUACGACCGAACCAACUCACUCUAUCACAACGGGGGUGCCUCCUCGGGGGUAACGAACAGCAAGAUCUCCAAGUCAGUCAAUAUCUCCGUCGAUUACACGACACGAUCGGAGCGGGAUUCGACCAGUGCGGUGCAUUUGGUCGAGAUGGAUGGGAGGUACGAGCGGUUUUAAUACAUUCAUAAAUAUUUCUUGGUUGGUUAUAGAGUAUCAGUUUAGUGUUUUCAUAUGUCUUUUUUUUGAUAUCCCUUGGGCUAGGCUUUUUGAUAAUGUUGAUACAUGAGACUAUAAAU